UUGGAUAAUCGCUUGCUAAGCUUUAUCAAUUAUAUAUGGCAUUAAACUUCCAACACCUACCACCCACAAGUUGUAUUUGUGCUCAGAGGAAUGGUUCUACAUCUAUAGGAACCUUAUCGGAUUUCAGGGCACUGCAAUCGGGUGGGGAUACUGCAGCAGACACAUCACCCCGCAGAUUGAUGAAUCUCCCCUGCUACUUUUCAUUUCCGCUCUUGGCUCAGAUUGAAAUGUCCUUUUGCAUGUCGGUGAGAGUAAUCGCCCUGCUACUGGUGACGAAGAAACCAGGAUAUCUUCGAGAAACAAGUCCUACACUCAUCUCCCCACUGAAUUCAGGUAUUCAGACAGUCAUCGCAUUAGGUAUAAUUCUAAGACAUAAUUGGACUCUUCGUCACUGAUCCUGCGUAACCUCCCGCUUCCCCAUGAGAAUAGCCUAUGGCAAUGCAAAAUAACCCAGUGUCAAACACGCACGCAACCAUGAAUUCGUUUAAUCUCAACCACCCGAAAACUCCGUAAUGAACACCGAUUACCCCAAAGAACAUGCAAUUUAGUAACACUCAAGAAGAGUUUGAUCAUGAACUUCCACACAAAGGUGUAGGAGUGGACUUUAAGCCCGAGUGGUGAAGUCAGUCUCGAGACCAACAGCAGCGUCAAUGGCGCUGGCCUUCUCACAGGUGCAAGAAGCUA